AUGACUAGUCAAUUGGAUCCAUUAAAGCAAAUUGCUUUCAAUCAAUUUGUAAUUUUAAAAUUACCAUCUAAUAAUUGGAAAAUUGUUGAACUAAGGAAAAAUGGUUCUAUAUCACUUGGUAAGUUUGGUGCAUUUCAGGUGAAUGAUGUCAUAGGUUACCCAUUGGGGACCACUUUUGAAAUUUAUUAUGAUAAUACUUCAGAUAUUACAGAAAAUGAAGAUGAUUCCCAAAACAAGAAUAAAAAUAAAAAUAAAAAUAACAAGAUUCCAGUAGGGAAAGUCAGAAUUAUGGAAGAAAAGCUUUCAGAAUCCUCUAAUAAUAAUUUGGAUGAAGGAGAAGAAUUAAAAAAUGAUAUUCCAGAAUUAACAAAUAUAAACAGCAGUGAGAACAAUAAACACUUAAUCAACAUUGGUAAUAAAGUUCAAAAGUUGACAAUGGCUGAAAUUGAAAAUUUAAAAAACAAGUCAGUAUCUGGUGAUGAAAUUAUUGCUAAGAUAAUUGAUUCACAUGAGAGUUUUCAUAAGAAAACGAUUCAAUCUCAAGAGAAGUACUUGAAAAGAAAGCAGCAAAAGUUUGCCAAGUAUUUCACAGUAAAUUACCUAAGUGGUUCAGCUUUGCUAGAGUAUUUCCUUGCUAAAGGUGACCAGCAACGUGUUAUGGACAUGUCUCAGGAAUCGGUUGGUAUGUUAUUAAACUUAGCAAAUAUUAGAAGUAAUGGUACUUACUUAUGCGUUGACGAAACAGGUGGUUUAUUGGUUUACUUUUUAUUAGAACGUAUGUUUGGAGGCGACACUGAUUCUAAGUUAGACGGUAAAGUUGUAGUUAUUCAUGAAAACGAGCAUCCUAACUUGGAUUUAUUAAAAUAUUCAAACUAUUCGGAAGAAUUCAUUAAUGAUCAUGUUAAGACCAUUUCAAUCUUGGAUUAUUUCGAACCUCCAACGGUAGCAGAAGUAAAUUCUACGUUCACACCUUUCAGUAAAGAAGAGAUUAAGGAAUUGAAAGGAAAUAAAAGAAAUGCUUACUUUCGUAGAUCUAAACUCUAUAAAAGUCAGUUAGAUGUUGUUAAAUUUGCAACAGAAGUAAAAUACGACGCCCUUGUAGUUACAUCUACAUUGUCACUUCCAUCUCUAAUACCUAGGUUGGCAGAAAAUGUUCAUGGUUCAAGACCAAUUGUUUGUUUUAGUCAAUUUAAAGAAACAUUAUUAGAAUUAUCGCAUACGCUGUAUGAUGACUUAAAGUUCUUAGCGCCUUCGAUUUACGAAACAAGAUGUAGGCCAUACCAAACUAUUAGAGGUAAACUUCAUCCAUUGAUGACGAUGAGAGGUGGUGGUGGGUAUCUGCUGUGUUGCCAUAGAGUUAUUCCUGCUCCUGAACCUGAACAGCUAGUAGCAACCGAUAAUAAAGAUCCGGAUGUUAAAAAGCAAAAGACAGAAUAA